UAUAAAUAGGCCUCGUCAUCGUCUCUCUCAGAGCAGCAGUAAGACACCCUCAACAUCCUGACCAAACAAGGACACUAAAGCAGAAGUUUGCCGCAGAGCUGUGGGAAAAAAAGGUGAUAGACAUUCAUCACUGAAAACAAACUAUGGAUGUCCACAAGCCUGAAGACAAAAACAAUGGCCUGUGGCUGAUCUUUUUCGUGCUGGGUUUGGGAACUCUCCUGCCAUGGAGCUUCUUCAUCACAGCCACCAUGUAUUUUACCAGCCGUCUCAGAGACCCCACCCAAAUAUCAACCGACAAACCCUACGACCGUAGUCCUACGGAGGCCAGUUACAAUAACGCAUCGACACUUUGUGCCAUGGUGCCUUUACUGAUCUUCACCUGUCUCAACUCAGUCCUGCAUCACAGGAUUCUUCAAAAGUUCCGGAUCAUGGGCAGCCUGGCGGUGAUUUUGGUGCUGUUUCUUAUCACGGCCAUCGCGGUGAAAAUAGACAUGGCCGCGGGCCCUUUCUUCACAUUAACCAUGAUCAAGAUUGUCAUCAUAAACUCCUUUGGAGCUAUCCUGCAGGGCAGUCUGUUUGGCAUGGCAGGCCUUCUUCCCGCCAAAUACACCACACCCAUAAUGAGUGGGCAAGGCCUGGCGGGGACGUUCGCUGCCUUCUCCAUGAUCUGUGCUAUCGCAAGUGGCUCAGCACUAAAUGAUGUUGCUUUUGGAUACUUCCUCACAGCCUGUGUAGUGAUCAUAUUGGCCAUAAUGUCCUAUGCAAUCCUCCCUAAACUGGAGGUCUACCGAUAUUACAACAAGAGACAAAGUGGAAACAGGCUUAGUGACGAGGUGAACAGGCUGGAAGAAAAUGCUGCAGCGACGACACCAGUUCUCAAACAAGGAGAAGAGGAACAAACCGUGUCCAUGUUGACCAUCUUCAAGAAGAUCUGGGUCCUGGCUCUCUCUGUAUGUUUGGCCUUCACCGUCACCAUCGGUGUCUACCCUGCUGUCACGGUGGAUGUCAAGUCUACCGUCGCUAACGGAGGCGCCUGGGAGAUGUACUUCACCCCCCUGUGUUGUUUCCUGCUCUUUAACCUGAACGACUGGGCCGGGAGAAGCCUCACUGCUGUGUGCAUGUGGCCUGGGAAGGACAGCAAUCUGGUGCCCAUUUUUAUGGUAGCCCGUGUGAUAUUUGUGCCUCUCUUCAUGCUGUGCAACGUUCAGCCCCGCUACAACCUGCCUGUCGUCUUUCAACACGACGCCUGGUUCAUCGUCUUCAUUAUCCUCUUCGCCUUCUCCAGCGGAUACCUGGCCAGCCUCUGCAUGUGCUUCGGGCCCAAAUCAGUUCCUCCUCAUGAGGCAGAGACUGCUGGUGCCAUCAUGGCAUUCUUCCUGUCCCUGGGUUUGGCUCUGGGAGCAUCCUUCUCAUUCCUCUUCAGAGCCAUAGUCUAAAAUAGCCCGAUGUGGGGAGCAUGCAUAACCCAAACAUAACUAACAUUUUUUUUUAAAUGCUACAAUGACUGUCGUUGCAAACUGCCACGUCUCUAUUCAUUUUGAAACGUUACUGACUGGGAUAUGUGGUUGUCUCACCUAGCUACCUUAACAUGAAUGCACUAACUGUGAUAUGUGGUUGUCUCACCUAGCUACCUUAACAUGAAUGCACUAACUGUGAUAUGUGGUUGUCUCACCUAGCUACCUUAACAUGAAUGCACUGACUGGGAUAUGUGGCUGUCUCACCUAGCUACCUUAACAUGAAUGCACUAACUGACGGUGAUAUGUGGUUGUCUCGCCUAGCUAUCUGAAGAUGAAUGCACUGACUGUGAUAUGUGGUUGUCUCACCUAGCCAUCUUAAGAUGAAUGCACUGACUGUGAUAGGUGGUUGUCUCACCUAGCUACCUUAAGAUGAAUGCACUAACUGACUGUGGUAUGUGGUUGUCUCACCCAUCUAUGCACUAAAUGUAAAGUAAUCCUCAUACAUAGGUUCGGUUUGCACCUCGCAGAACUUGGGUAGGCAUGGCGACCAUCUGUGCUCUCAUACUCCCUAAAGACCUUCACUUGAAAAACAAGGGAAAAAAACUGCAAUUUUACCAUUUGUCCCUCUUGAGCCACUGUAGCAACAACAUAGCCAGGAACACUUCCUCAAAAUAGUCCAAAUUAAUCUAACUCAAGAAAUCUGUCAUAAAUUAUUAUGUUUUUGGUCUUAGUCACAGCAAUUUUACAUCUAGCUAAGAUGUUUGGUGCAAUAUUUCUCAAAUGAAAAAAUGUGCAUGAAAACUAUCUCUCUCGUUGAAUGACUUCAUGAUCCCAUUCCUACUAGGUGUAGUACUGUUGACCAAUCACCGAACCCUUUGGGAAGACCAAACCGAACAAAAUGUUCAUAAUAUAUACCCAAACUGUUUUGAACUGGAAAACACUACGCUAAGUGUAAGUCACUCUGGAUAAGAGCGUCCGCUAAAUGACAAAUGUUACUUCCAGUAGUGUAAUGGUAUAUGGUCUCAAUGUAGUGUCCCAAAUACAGUACUUUCAAUUUGAAUUAUGAUGGGAUAAACACUAAGCAGCCUUCAAACUUUAAGGUAAAGUCGACGAGGAAAGAAAUGCUAUACCUAGUGUGGUAUUGUUACAAAACCAAUAACUAGCACUAAAAAAUAAAACUUAUGCCUAAACUCAAAACAAAAGGCAGUCCUCUCUCCAAGCUGCACUCGGAUUGGACACAGCUGAGUAAUUACCAAGGCUUAGCUCAGCACCUAGAACACCACCUGGUUAUACAGUGUGGAAGUGUCUCCCGGAUAGUGUGUUUGUCUAUGUCCUAACAUUAAACCCCCCCCAGUGCAGAAUAUUAUUAGUUGUCAAUGGAGUGAGUUUGUGUUCAUGCAGGACCUCCCACCAACUAAUCAUGUGAAUGCGAAGCUACACGGAACCCACCGCAUUGUUACAAAAUGAGGCAAACGGAGAUGCGGUACACAGCUCAAUUUGGUCUCUAUGCCUCCGGAGGCCCGAAAUUGCAUCACACCCUCCAUGACGCCUCCGACACACAUCGGCUUUAAAUACUUGCACUAGUCUUUCUUACUGACACUGACUUUGCUGACAUCUGCUUGAGGAAAAUGUGUACUUUAAUUAUAUGACUGUAAUAUGUGGUUGUCUUAACCUUGCUACGUUAAGAUUAAUGCACUAAAUUACUCUGGAUAUGCUUGUCUGCUAAAUGACUGAAAGGGAAGGUAAAUGGGACAUUACUUUAACGUCUCACUGAAUGAAAUUUAAGAGUAGGUGAACA